AUGGCGACCAACAUGAGGGGUCUGACCCAAUACAUCUCCGACAUCCGCGCCUGCCGAGUCCGCGAGCUCGAAGAAAAGCGCAUCAACCGGGAGAUGGCGCAUAUCCGCCAAAAGUUCAAGGAGGGCCAAUUGGACGGGUACCAGAAGAAGAAGUACCUCGCCAAGGUCGUCUUUACCUAUAUACUGGGGUAUAAGGUGGAUGUAGGGCAUAUGGAGGCUGUGAAUCUCAUCAGCAGUACGAAGUACAGCGAGAAGCAAAUUGGAUACCUCGCAUUGACACUGCUCAUGCACGAGAACUCGGACCUCGUUCGGCUCGUCAUCAACUCUGUACGGAAGGAUCUGGAGGAUAACAACGAGAUCAACAAUUGUUUGGCGUUACAUGCGAUCGCAACAUUAGGGGGGAAAGAGAUGGCUGAGGCGCUUGGAGAGGGGGUGUAUCGGGCAUUGAUCAGCGCAACAUCUACCACAUUCGUCAAGAAGAAGGCCGCCCUCACUCUGCUCCGGCUAUACCGCAAACACCCCACCGUCCUCCCUGCAAAAGACUGGGCCGAGCGAAUAGUCUCGAUGAUGGAUGACCAUGACCCGGGGGUAUCGUUGACAGCGACAAGUCUGGUGACUGCAAUGUGUCAAGACGAGAUGGAAGCGUUUGAGGGAUGUUAUGAGAAGGCGGUGAAGAAGCUGGAUAGGAUCGUGUUUGAUGGGGAUUACCCAGCUGAAUACGUCUAUUACAAGGUGCCGAACCCAUGGCUUCAAGUCAAGCUUCUACGAUUGCUGCAAUACUAUCCGCCACCAGAAUCCCAACGUGUGGUCGAGAUGAUCGGCUCAGUCCUCCAAGGCAUCCUCGACAUCUCGCAAGAAACGCCGCGAAACGUGCAACACAACAACGCUCAGAACGCCGUUCUCUUCGAAGCCAUCAACCUCGCCAUCCACGUCGACCCUGAUUCGGUCGUCGUCCACAACGCUGGCGUCCUCCUCGGGCGGUUCAUUCUCGCCAAAGAGACCAAUGUCCGAUAUCUCGGCCUGGACGCCAUGGCGCACUUGGCGGCGUGCUCCACCUCGCUCGAGCCGGUGAAGAAGCACCAGGACACCAUCAUCCUCAGCCUGAAAGACCGGGACAUCUCGGUCCGGCGCCGCGCGCUGGACCUGCUGUACUCGAUGUGCGAUCUGACGAAUUCCAAAGUCAUCGUCGGCGAGCUGGUGCGGUAUCUCCAGGUGGCGGACUACAAUCUGCGGGAGGAGAUGGUGUUGAAAAUUGCUAUCUUGACGGAGCGAUUCGCGACCGAGUACGAGUGGUAUGUCGAUACCAUCCUUCAGCUCAUCUCGGCCGCUGGCGACCACGUCGGCGCCGAAGUUUGGUACCGCGUCGUCCAGCUUGUCACCAAUAACGAGGAUCUCCAACCCUACGCCGCUUCCGCCGUUUUCCAGCACCUUCAAGCGGCACAGGUGCACGAGACGAUGAUCAAGGUCGGCGGAUACGUGCUCGGGGAGUUUGGACAUCUCAUUGCGAACGAGCAGGGGUGUAGUCCGAUCGAGCAGUUCCAGGCGCUGCAUUCCAAAGUCAACUUGUGUACAGCGCCAACUCGGGCUUUGCUCCUGACCACUUAUAUCAAGUGGGUGAACCUCUUCCCGGAGAUCAAAGACCACCUCAUCAACAUCUUUGAGCGGUACACGCACGUCCUCGACGCAGAGCUUCAACAGCGCGCGUGCGAAUACCUCGCCCUUGCCCGGAGGCCGGACACGGACGAUCUCCUCGCUUCCAUCUGCGACGAGAUGCCUGUCUUCCCCGAGCGCGAAUCCACCCUCGUCCAUCGCCUCCACGCCAAAGGCUCUAAAUCGCAGGACAAGCGGACAUGGGUCAUUGGCGGUCGGGAUGAGAACCAGGAACGGCAGGGUCAGCGAUUCAAGGCGUUCCGUCAAGGCACGCAGGACUCGAAUGGGUCUAGUGGCGAAGCUGCGGCGCCGGUGGUUUCUCGCGCCCAGCCAGCGGGACCUAGUGCGGCCGCAGCAGCGCCGGCGCCGGUCGAGAGGAGAGAGCCGGAGAGGAAGGAGACGCUGGUGGAUGAUAUGAUGGGACCGGCGGCGAAUGGGCGGUCCGAGUCGGAUAUCAUGUCGAGCUUGGCGGAUCUGGAUCUGGGGGCUACGACGGCCGCGCAGGAGGAGCCGCUUUUGAGCGGGAAUGGAGGGGGGAUGGUGCAGAGUCCGAUGGAGGAGAGAGGGCCAGACGGGGAGUUUACGCCACUUACUGCGACGCUGGGUGGGGUGGAUCCUGUCCUGGUCGCUCCUCUGACGGUAGCGCCGAAUAUCGAAAAGUGGUUCGAACGUCUUACCUAUGCCAACGAAGGCGUCUUGUACGAAGACAAGCAAGUCCAAAUCGGUCUCAAAUCGGAAUAUCACGGGCACCAAGGCCGACUUGCCGUCUUUAUCGGCAACAAGCUCAGUCACCCCUUCACCGCUUUCCGAUGCUCUAUCGACAAUCCCGCCGGCGAGGCACUGGGCCUCACGUUCCACGACGCACCCGUCAGCGAGAUCCAGCCGCAAAGUCAGGUGCAGGAAUUGAUACACGUCGAGUGUAAGGAUGUGUUUACGGAUCCGCCGGUGUUGAGGGUGACAUACCUUGCGGGAAGCUUUACGACGCUGGUGCUCAGGCUGCCGGUGGUGGUUAGUCGGUUCGUGGAGGGGGUGACGUUAGAGCAGGCGCCGUUCUUUGAGAGGUGGAAGAUUAUUGGUGGUGCACCAAGAGAAGCGCAGCUCGUCUUCCCGAUCAAACUCACCCCUACCGGUGACCUGGAUCUGGCAAGAAAUAUAAAGGUCGUGGGCGGGAACAGGUUAUCGCUACUAUCAGGCAUAGAUCCUAACCCAAAUAACCUGGUAAUGGCAGGUGUCCUCCAUUCGUCUACUGCCGGAAAGGUCGGUAUUCUCGGUCGACUCGAACCGAACAAAGACGCCAAGCUGUGCAGGAUGACGAUACGGAGUACGAAUGAGAAGGUGUCGGCCGAGGUAUUGCGCUUAGCUAGUAAGCCGUUGAACGCGGAUCUGGCGGCCUCGUAA